CUGCAACCUCUUCUUUUUUUUUUUCAGGUUAUGCUGCAUAGUUAAGUCGUUUGAAAGGAACCCACUGAACAUUCCCUCCUCUGAAAAUAGAUAAGCUAUGCAACCGACUGGAGAUAGAGAAGCCCAGCUCCGAGAAAGUCACAGCCAGAAAGUCCACCCUCAACCAAUGGAAGAGGCAAAUCGGAAUCCUCAUCCCCAACCAGUCGAAAACCUUAUAUCAAAUAUCUUCACAAGUGUCUCCUCCUUAAAGUCUGCCUAUGUCCAACUCCAAGUAGCUCAUACCCCUUAUGACCCUGAUAAAAUCCAAGCUGCUGAUAAACUAGUAAUUUCCGAACUCAAAAAUCUCUCCGAAAUGAAGCAUUCCUACAGGGAGAACAAUCCCAAGCCAGUUUCUGCUACUCCUCAAGAUUCACGUUUAGCUUCCGAGAUCCAAGAACAACAAAGCCUAUUGAAAACUUACGAGGUCAUGGUUAAAAAGUUCCAAUCCGAGAUUCAGAAUAAAGAUUCCGAGCUUCUUCAGCUACAGCAGCAGAUUCAGGAGGGAAUGCAGAGACGCGAAAGACUGGAGAAAAAUCUCAAGCUCAGAGGCUUAUCAUCAUCAUCGUCAUCUGUUAAAGAAUCUGACAACGGGACGAAUCAUAUCGAGUUAACUCCAGAUCUGUUCAUCUCAGCCGUUGACGCGGCUUCAAAAGCUAUCCACGAUUUCUCCAAGCCACUCAUCAACAUGAUGAAAGUAGCCGAAUGGGAUCUCGAUGCCGCAGCAAACUCGAUCGAACCUGGCGUUGUUUACGCGAAGAGAUCUCAUAAGAAAUAUGCUUUCGAAGCACAUAUCUGUCAAAGAAUGUUUAUCGGGUUUCAGCAAGAAGAAGAAGCCACCACCACCACAAAAGAGGAUUUCUUUAGGCAGUUUCUCGCCCUAAGGGAAACAGAUCCUCUUGAUGCUGUAGGGGUAGAUCCCGACUCCAGCUUUGGAAAGUACUGCAGGGCUAAGUAUCUGUUAGUCGUUCAUCAGAAGAUGGAGGUAUCGUUUUUCGGAAAUUCUGAUCUGAGAAACUAUAUUGUGGGUGGAGGUCAUCCUAGGACGCCUUUUUACUUGGCGUUUCUGAAGCUGGCUAAGGCCAUAUGGCUAUUACAGAGGCUGAGUUAUUCUUUUGAACCAACUAUUAAGAUCUUUCAGGUUAACAAAGGGAGUGAGUUUUCAGAUGUCUAUAUGGACAGUGUUGUGAAAAACUUUGUUGUGGAUGAAAAGCCUAAGGUCGGAUUGAUGGUUAUGCCUGGGUUUUGGGUCGGCGGAAGCAUCUUACAGAGCCGAGUAUAUUUGACUGGUAUGAAGGUUGCAGAUUGAUGGAUUGACUGUUCCCGUAAAAAUGAGAAUAUGCUGCAACCAGUAGUAGUAAAUGUAUCUGUCUACCAUGUUCAAUAUUGUUAUAUAAACUCUCUAUUACUUCUGUUGUUUUUUCUUUUCAAGUAAGAAUUUGUCAUGGGUGUUGUUGCAAUGAAUCUUGCCUUUGGAGUGUU